CUUGGACCCAGCGAGUUUCCCUCACCAUGCCGGCGCCGGAUGCCUGGGCCUUGCACGUGGAGUUGGCGCAGCAGGGCCUGGAGGAGGUCCCGGCCGAGGGCCCGGCGUUGCUGGAGAUCCUGCCUGAGCCUCUGGCGCUGCUCAGGUUGAGCCGUGGCGUGCCCGAGUGCGUGCGACAGGCAGCGCGCAAUGGGGACGUGUGCACCGUGGUGCAGGAGCCCGGCGCGGCGACCGCCUGGGUGCCGCAAAAGGUGCUGGGGGAUUUGGCGCGGGCCAAGGCGGAGGGCGCGGACCCGAGGCCCGGGGCCUGGCGCGCCCUGCGGGCCACGGCCACGGUGAGCGCGGCGAAGGCUGCGCGCAGCGGCGGCGUCGUGGCGCCGCUUUUGGCGCUGAAGGGCCUGGCGCAGGUGAUCUCGGUGGGCGCGGAGGUGCUGCUGGUGCCGCAGGCAGAGCUCGCCAAGGCGGCCAGCCGGCUGCUGCGGGCGGGCCACGGCCUCUGGCCCUCUUCGGCGCUGAUUUCCACGAGCCAGGAGAACGGGACGAGGGACAAGGACGCUGCCAAAGACUUUGCAGGCGCUUGGAGCCUGGUGCAGCGCGAGCAACCUCCGGGCACCACCGUUGCGGAGUUCACCGAAGGCGACGGGCCGCUACGGCUGCAGUCACCCUCCGGACUUUUCAUCGAGCUGGCACUCGGCGAGGACGCCAGCUUUGGCGGCCUCCUGGAGGUGAAAAAGCCCGGCGCCGGCGGAGCGAGCCGGCAGCUGCUGCGGCGAAGAGUAGACUUCCAGCCGCCAGUAGAGAAGGACACGACCCAGGAGGUGACGUUGAGCGCCUCCUCCAUGGAGGUGACCAGCCCUGAGGGCCGGCACCUUUGGGCACGCGUGGGCGGGAGGACGGAGGUUUGCGCGCUGGAGCUGCAGAGCGAGACCGGGCGGAAGGGGGUUGACCGGGAGGGUCUUUGGAUCUUCGCCGGGGGCCGCUUCGCGCGCCUGGUGGGCCCCCGCAGAGGCGAGGGCCUCAUCGCCGGCAGCUGCUGCCGCUCCUUGCGCCAGCUGCGCCAGCUCCGGGGCAAGGCGGUCGACGCCGAGCUGCGCAGGGACUUUGAGGCAACUUCCGGCACUGUGGAGGAGCCAGGCCAGCUGCGCAUCCUGAAGAUGGCGCACAGCCCGAAGAGCGCGAAUACCAUGCUCUAUGACUCCGGCGAUGCCGAGACGGGCACCGUGCGUUGCGGCCCGGACACCGUGGUCUUCGAGCGUGGCGGUCGGAGGGAGACCUGGAAGAUCGUGGACUGGAGCUUCAACCCGUUCGAGCGAUCCCGAUGCGUGUCCCCGGUGCCCUCGGCCGCCUCCAAGGCCACCUCGAUCGCCCCGGACUCGGAAGAGCCGGCGGCCACUUCCCUGGCAGACGAGGACGACGAGGUUGCGGAGCUGGCAGAGGUCGAGGCGGAGGUGGAGGCGGAGGUGGAGGCGGAGGUGGAGGCGGAGGUGGAGGCGGAGGCGGAGCACGAGCUGACGGAUGUUGGCGAAGCAUCCGAAGAGGAGGUCAUCGAGCCCAAGGCCGAAGUCGAGAAGAAGAAAAGAAAAAAGGAAGUGGAAGACGGCGCGGAGGAGGUGAAGAAGAAGAAAAAGAAGAAGAAGAAGGAGAAGGAAGCUAAGAAAGCCAAGGCAAAGGCCAAGGAAGAGGUAGAGGAAGAGGUGGAAGAGGCGGAAGAGGUGGAGGAAGAGGUGGAGGAGGUGGAGGAGGAGCAAGAGGCCAACGGAAAGGCGCACAAGCGCAAGAAGGAGAAGAAGGACAAGAAGGAGAAGAAGGAGAAGAAAGACAAGAAGGCGAAGAAGAAGAAGGCAAAGGAACCUUCAGAAGCAGAGAUUGAGCAAGAGGAGGAGGCUGAGGCAGAAGUCGAGGAGGCUCGGGAAGAGGAGUCGGAGGAGGUGCCGGAGCCUCCCCGCAGGAAGGCGGAGCUGAAGCGGAAGGCCAAAAGCCCCUCAGAGGCUGAGGAGAGGCCGAGCCGCGUCAAGGCGAAGCUGGAAGGCCCGAAGGCGAAGGACCGGCGCGACAAGAAGCCGCGCGAGAAGGAGAAGAAGCGGUGAGGGGUUGAGUUAUCGUUACCGGACCGGGGGCACACCGCCUGGCCUC